CACCGGGGCGCGGAAGUGCGAGCGGGAGGCCGGCUGCGGUCGGCUUUCUGUCGUUGUGGCGGUCGCGGCCGCCGAGGCCGGACCCCGGGAUGUGUGAACCCGCGCGUCGCGGGCCCCGAGCUCCACACGGCGCUCGCCGUCCUGGCCUCUAAGAGCUGCCACGUCCCCGCGGCGCGUCCGCGCGCGGGCUGAGGGCGGCUGGGGAGGGGUCCCGGGAGGGGCUGCCCCGGGCUGCGCGCCGACCCCGUCCUCGCGGCCGGCGCCGGGCCAGGAGGAUGCGCGGUGCCGGGCUCUGAAGCAUGGAGGGGGUUCUGUACAAAUGGACCAACUAUCUCACAGGUUGGCAGCCUCGUUGGUUUGUCUUAGAUAAUGGAAUCCUAUCGUACUAUGAUUCACAAGAUGAUGUUUGCAAAGGAAGCAAAGGAAGUAUAAAGAUGGCAGUUUGUGAAAUUAAAGUCCAUUCAGCAGACAACACAAGAAUGGAAUUAAUCAUUCCGGGAGAGCAGCAUUUCUACAUGAAAGCAGUGAAUGCAGCUGAAAGACAGAGGUGGUUGGUUGCUCUUGGGAGCUCCAAAGCCUGUUUGACUGAUACAAGGACUAAAAAAGAAAAAGAAAUAAGUGAAACCAGCGAAUCUCUGAAAACCAAAAUGUCUGAACUUCGCCUGUACUGUGACCUCCUAAUGCAGCAAGUUCAUACAAUCCAGGAAUUUGUUCAUCAUGAUGAGAAUCAUUCAUCUCCCAGCAUAGAGAAUAUGAACGAAGCCUCUUCCCUGCUCAGCGCUACAUGUAAUACCUUCAUCACGACACUUGAAGAAUGUGUGAAGAUAGCGAAUGCCAAGUUUAAGCCUGAGAUGUUUCAAAUGCCUCAUCCGGAUCCUUUAGUUUUUCCUGUGUCACCUUCUCCUGUUCAAAUGAUGAAGCGUUCGAUCAGUCACCCUGGUUCUUGUAGUUCAGAAAGGAGUAGCCACUGUAUAAAAGAACCAGUUUCGACACUUCAUCGACUCUCCCAGCGACGGCGAAGAACCUACUCAGAUACAGAUUCUUGUAAUGAUAUUCCUGUUGAAGAACCAGAUAGACCUGUUCACUGUUCAAGAAAUACACUUAAUGGAGACUUGACAUCAGCAACCAUUCCUGAAGAAAACAGACUUAUGGCCAAAAAAAAACCUGAAUUGGAAGAUUCUCUUCCAUCCUUUUCCUCCUGAGGAAACCCACGUGCCCAGCUUCCUCUAAGUAUUGCUAUGCAAAAGCUGCUGUAACUCAACUGUUGUUAUGGGGAUUCGUGUUUCCCUUAGGAUUUCUCUGCACUUUAUAGAAUAUUGUAAAAUGAACAAAAAACCCACAUACUUUUGAAGUGUAUUUUAUCUUUAUAUAGUUUAUUUGCAAGAGUAUUUUCCUAAUAACUUCACAGUAUGAAUAUGCAUCUUUUUUUUU